AUGUCGCCACCCCAUAGUGAGCACUCAAAUGUGCCGUCAGACGUGGCUGCUGGCGGCGGGCCAAAGAAAUCUCCGCCAGCCGGUACUCAGAAACUGCGAGCACCGCGCAUGAGAGCGUCAUGUGACGGCUGCUUUCUAGCCAAGGUCAAGUGCUCAAAAGGCAAACCUAUGUGCCAGCGGUGCAUGACCACCGGUCUUGCUUGCAAGUACUCGCCGUCGAGUAGAUCUGGCAAGCCAAAGGCCUCAGACAAUGGCAAUAUCUUGAACGGUGCCCCGCGCCAUGCCAAGAGGGAAGGUUUACAGUUUUCCAGCCCAGUCUUUGAAGGUUCCCAAGACUUGAUGGCAGGACCUGCUCAAUUCAUGCAGAACAACUGGGGCAGCAAUCAGCAGGCAAUGUGGGAUUUGCCAACCCAUCAGGAUCCAGGUACCAACUUUGGAUCCGGACCACUUAACGAAUCAUUGGGCCAAGACAUUGGAAUCAUGGAUGGAAUAUCUCACGAUGGGGGUGUCAUGCCUUUCAGUGAGAAUCUUGCCGACACCAACCCAUGGCAAUCACAGAAUCCCUCGUCCUCAUUCUCGCAAAUGCUGCCGGGUUCUUCUGGUUCGAUGAUUCAUGGAAGGUCCCAAUCCACAGACAUGAUGAUCAGCCUCGUCGCGGCAAAUUUUCAAGACACGAAUGCUCAAGCAGGACCAUCACAUGGUCCUCCUCUUGGGCAAAUGGCAGGGCCCUCACAUGGUCCUCUUGGGCAAAUGGCAGUACCCUUACAUGGUCCUCCUCUCGGGCAAAUGGCAGGACUCUCACAUGGUCCUCUUGGACAAAUGACAAGCCCCCCCAAUCCUGCCCACGCAAGGCAUCAUUCUGACCCUGCCAUCGGUACUGGUCAUGUCCUCAGUUGCAACUUCGAUUGCACCCACCAGUCGUUGCAGCGUCUUAAUUUUAUGCUUGCGACCAGUUCAUGGCCCUCUGAUAUGCUUAUGACAGCAAACGAAAACCUCUGCGAUGCAUGGCGCGUCAUCAUGCGAUGUCCUAAUUGCAUGGGCUCUGGCGCGCGGCGCUAUAUGGCCUUGGCGUUUCUGGCCACGAGCAUGCAAAUACAGAGCAGACGCUUACAAGCAUUCCUGGACACUGUCAAACCCAAUCAUGAUGGAGUUUUCCCAACUGUCUCGAAUCCGGCGGAAAAAUUGAACCGUCUUGGUACAGCGAUCACCCAGAUUGAUCAGGCUUAUGCUUUGUUGCUCAGAUCAUUCAACAACGAAAUGAUUGAACACCCAGGCGUUGCUCAAGCAUUGGCAAACGGGGUUCACAAGUCCCUCGAUGCUGCCGUGUCCCUCUUGCUGCGGAAGAGGACCGAGUUGGCUGGCACAAACUAA